CUCAUGAUGUGCGAGCAGAUCUGUCACGCCAUGUGCGAGAUGGCCUCGGCGGGGGUGCUACACCGGGACUUGGCAGCCAGGAACAUUCUGGUCCAGUCCAUGCAGCCCGUGCAUGUAUCCGAUUUCGGAUUAGCGCGACGACUUCUGCACGUAGGGAGUGCCGCGGCGUCGACUGGCUCAUUGGUCCCUGUGCGCUGGAGUGCGCCGGAGGUGCUGCGGACGGGCGCCGGCUGGUCGGAGAAGUCUGACGUUUACUCGUACGGUGUGACGAUGUGGGAGAUCUUCAGCAAUGGCGCCGAGCCGUACGCCAACCGGUCCGACGUCGAGGCCGCCGAGGCCAUUGUGGGUGGUGAGCGGCUUCCUCGGCCCAAGGACUGUCCGCACCAGGUGUACGCGCUCAUGAGAGAUUGCUGGCAUCAAGAUCCCGCACGUAGACCCAGCUUCCAA